AGUCACAGUCAUAUGCAACAUCACACCUCAAAUACCUCAGCCAGCUGUGAAGUGAAAGCAGAAAAAAAUCCCUCUGAACAAAGCUUUCUAAAGAAGCACUACAAGUAUGAAGAGACAGAGGGGAAAGCACUUGAGCCCUUGCAGUAUGGCAAGCUGUUUCACCAGACCGGAUGCUGGAGUUCAAGCCGGCUGGGAUCAUCCCUGGGAUUCAGCUUUUUGACUAACGGAGGGAAGCAGACAGUUGCUGUCAAGAGGUGCAGGCAGGUACCUCAUCUUCUUCAGACAGAAUUAAUCUGCGAGGCCCAUGCUGGGGCAUGUUCCUCAGCAGGACCCGUUGGAUAUGAAGAAACACCCUUUCACAGUGUCCUCUUUUCUUUGAUAGAGAAUGUAUCACUAAGGGAACACCAGUUCUGGAGAAGAUUUCGGUCAGCAGCGGACUCUGACACGAUGAAUUUUAGAGUGCGGGCUCGCUGCCAGCGCAGGCUCUCUCUGCGUGCAGCUCCAGCAAGUCUGAAUCCUGUUCGUUCGUUCUUGCCUGAGCCCUGGCAUAGCUCGAUGCUCAUCCGUUUUCGGGGUGCACCAAGCAAUAGAAUGUCAGCUAGUACAGGGCACCAGCUGUUCCAGAAAUCUGGAAAUCCUCGUGUUUGUGACCCCGAGCUGUCCAACUGGCAGUUCUAUCCAGAUCUGCGAUUUCUGAAAGCACCGGGUUCCCGUCUCCAAGGCAGCAUACACGCAGGGCUGAGUUCAGACCAACAGACCUUAGAAGCCCUGGGUACUGCGUAA